AUGCUUGCGGCGGGGCGGGGGCUAGGCCGAGCCCGUGAAGGCGAGGAACAAGUCGACGACACCCUUGCCCGUCGCCAGCUCGAUGGCGACGGUGGCGACGAAGCCGAUCAUGGCGGCGCGGCCGUUGAAGACCUCGGCGUACAUGGUGAAGCCGAUGGAGGGCCGGAGCUCGUUGUUGUAGUCGACGCGGGCGACGGGGCGGCGGCGGGAGAGGCGCGGCGGCGGGCGCACGGGGGUGACGGAGAGGCGCGGGCGGGGCUGGAAGGGGGAGGUUGCCGGCAGGGCGACGAAGGCAGCGAACAUGUUGGUGGACGAGAUGACGUGAGCGGCGGGGGGGCGCGAGGGACGGAGAUUUCUCGACAGACAUGGGGGAGAUCUCGGGCGUUGAUUCUGGAGCGAAUCCGGAUGGCGUGUGAGGAGAGAAGCGGGAUUGGAUGCAUGGAUAUAAAUAUCGAGAUAGGAGCUGAAGAUCUGAGCAAGGGAUUGUGUGGGUGUAGGGAAGGGGCAUGUCGGGAAAGAUAUUUAGGAGGCGGAAAUGGAAGAUCUGAGCAAGGGAUUGUGCGGCUGCAGGGAAGGGGCAUGUCGGCAAAGAUAGGUGGCGGAAAUGGACCAAGCGGUGGCCAUCAAAGUCGGCCACCUAUUUCAACAUUUUUCUGCCCGACAUCUGGUUGGGCCUCCGAGAUCUUAGUAUCCACUGCGCAAUCUUCUACGGUCAUCUCGCCAUGCUCUGCCAAACCGCUAGCUCACCUCCCCGCGCUACCCUUUCUCCCUCAAGCGCAACUCUCCUCUUCCAUACCUUAUCUACCCAAGUCCGCCUCUCCCUUGACCGCCAAAACCGCUCCCUCCAUUUCUGAUACCUUUCACAUCAUCCUAUUCAAACCUCGUAACACCGAUUCCUCAAACGUCCCCGUCCCAAAAUCUUGCACCUCUCCCGUACCCCUGCCAUCACUCUAA